CGCCAGUAUCCCAUCAGUCUCAAUACAAACACCAUUGGCAGCUACGUGGGGUGUAUGAACUGAGAAUAACUAUGUCAAUAAAGAAGCAAACCGUGGAUUUGGGAUUGUUAGAAGAGGAUGAUGAGUUUGAGGAAUUUAAAGCCGAAGAUUGGACAGGGUUGGAUGAAGAUGAAGAUGCACAUGUGUGGGAAGACAACUGGGAUGAUGACAAUGUAGAGGAUGACUUUUCAAAUCAGCUAAGAGCGGAACUAGAAAAACAUGGAUACAAGAUGGAGACGUAGCUUUCAGUAAAGUUUUGAGAAUUGUUAUGAAUGUGAAAAUGAACUGGAGAUUUUGUGUUGAAUUGUAUCCUGUUAUUACAGAGUUGAUGAUUACUGUAGAUAGUAAACAUCCCAUAUUGCAACUGUUGCUAUAUUCUUAUUUUUUUCUAUACAAAAAGGUUUAAAGUUAGAUAGCUCUCUUCCCCUAGAAUGAUAAAAGUGAAACAUUUAUGUGCAUGUAAUUUUGUAGACUAUGCAGUACAUACAAAUUCAGUAUUAAAAUAUUAAACAGCCUGUCCCUGUCUUAAAUUUGGUUAUUUUAAUGUAGCCUGUUGUGUCCGUAUGAUUACUAGUUUGUAAUUUAAAUACUUGUAGAUAACAUAAUUAUUAUUAUUAUUUUUUUUUUACUUCAUGUUGUAGCGUGCAUUUUCAUUUUAAAACAUGACACUGGGUAAAAGAAGGUUCUGUUGGUUGCCUUCCAGGAAGACUGUUACUGCAUCACUUCCUAGGUCAUGUCAUAUCUGUGCUGCAUGGAUGUGCAUUCUGUUGACUAUGUAUGGAAUUAUUUUGUUAGCUACAAUUACUUUAUACUUUAUACAUUUUAUAAGAUGAACAACAAACAGCUUGGGUACACUUUUAAUUCUUAAAUUAACCGUCCAGGUUAUUUGCUAAUUUGUAAUGUUGAAUACAUUUUUUUUUUAAAAGUAUUCCACAAGUUGUUUGUGUAAGCACCAUGAUAAGUUUGCUGUCUUGGUUGCUUUCCACUGUUCAUCAGGUGAAUGUGUUUGAGGACUUUAUAAUAGGGAGGGUUAGAGUUUUGGCUUAUGUCAGACCUUUUAAUGUCUGUAUAAACUUGGCUUUGGUUAAAUAUUUGUUUUAUUCAAACUGAGUUAAUCCAAAAUGCAUACAUGUUACUGGUAUAUCCCCUAAUGGAGAUGUUGGUAAGAUAUCAUGUGCCUCAAAAUGGAGUCUUUCCUGAAAAUAGAGGGCGUUGGCAAUACAGAAUAGUUUAACAAGAUGUCCAUACUGAAGAACUCGACCAAGGUUUAUCUAUAUCUGUGGCCAAGUUGAGGAAAGAGAAUAAUGUAAUUCCUUUCAUACAUAGCCAAGGCACUGAAAUGUGAGGCCUCUAAUUGGGAAAAACCACAAUACAACAAAGCAAGAUCUAGGAAUCUAUGAAAUUCAAGUCAUCCUAUUUUUGCACAAUGUUCUGAUACUCUCAAUAACAAUCAAUGCAUGUUGCUUCUCGUGUUGUGAAUAUAAAUGUUAUAUAAAACUCAUUGUUCCAGGGCGUUCACAUUUUCAAUAAACUGUAUUGGAUUUAUUCACCA